CGGGCCGAGUAGACUUGUUUGUCCCCCUAUAUAAGAACCACCACAUUUUUGCACUAUAGUAUUCGUGGCAUCCAGUAUACAAUAUCUAGCCUACUGGUAUUGGCUAUGUGUUCUGCGAACUAACUGAAAAGUGUGCAAUACAUCUGUACUGCAAUGGGUAUUCGUAUUUCGGGGUGUGACAUUUUCUGUGCAAAAGCGUAUCGUAAAUGCUCCCACAAGACAUUAAGUUCCCGCACUCGAAGUCUGCUGGCCUCGUUGACUUACGCCCAUUUUCUGAGCUGUUUGGAUUUGCGGCCUCUCCGCCACAAGAGAUUUUCUACGAUUUUUCAGUUCUUGAUGAGCCCAUAAGCACUCGUUUGGAAGCUACCGAUGCGCCGGACGCUACAGAUGUACGGCAGACGGUCUCUCUUGAAAAUGAUAAAGCGGGCAGCAGUGAUGCAGAUAACUUUUCGAACAUUCUCGCCUUGUCCAAGAAAUGGGUAGUUAGCUCAGAUACCAGUUAUGAAUGGACAGAGAAAUUGCGGUCUUGCUUCCUACCGGACAGCAAUCACCUGGUUUCGAGCGUUACCCACAAGGUUCUGGAUACGCGAUCAGAAAUCUUAAACGAGUUUACUCCCGUUUCGCUGCACACAGCACCUUAUCAGCCGAGUUUUGAGUCUGUAUUUAAAGCCCUACAAGGAUCGAAUCAUGCUUUAUCAGACCUGGUCGAGAAUACCGGCAACUGUGCGAGGGAGGAAGAUGCCAUUGCGCUACAGAGAGAAGUAAAGACCAUCGUUUCGGAUCUGAUUGAUUCCAAGGAAAAAUCGAACGCGGGAGCAGCGGUUAAAUGUGCUGAGAGCACUGUGAUUCCGAAACACGCAAGCUGCAGAUUUUGGAGCAAAGAAAAAGGUGACGACAGGAAAAAUAGUUAUCCGGCACAAACUGUAAAAUGUGUUGGUAUGGGAGGAGUGGAAGGCGGAACCGAGUCGACGCCGUCUGCAUAUGACGAACUCUCUAACUGCCAUUGUGCGAUUGCACAAACAGAUGAUGACCCAGAACCGAAGCAGUACGACAUUUGGCAAGAAGUUGCUCCAGGUUCGUCGAAGCGAGCGCAAAACAUUCCACGGUUCCAUCCUCCUGUUCCCAGUCCUCUACCAUACUGCUAUAACCCUUCCCAGAUUUUUGUGCAAUCCAGAUUAAAGGAAAGCACUUUGUUCAGCGUGUGCUCCGAAAAUCUGCAAAUAACGCCAACGGAUGGUGGAUGGAUUCACCUGCGCUUACGUUUACCGGAAGAGACACCGAUCUUCGGCGUACCUCCUGGUCAAUUUGUGGUACUCACUGCAUGUAUCAAAUGUGGAUGCAAGAGCCAGUUAUCAGAGGUGGGAGGUCUUGCUGGAACGUUUCGAAUUUCCAGGCCAGUUUUUCCCGUUAGCGGCUGUGAUGCAUUGGGCUUCGUCGAUUUUUUAUGGCUAAAUCGAUGCAGCAUUAAGCAGCGUUCCGAUGUGAUUGUUUGUCAAGACCGAUUUGGUUUCUGUCUGGAACACUUCGCUAGUCAUGAUUCGUUAAGUGUUGACGGCCCAUUUGGAAGUAUACUGUAUCGCGGCUUGGGAUGGUUUUCCUUUAUGCAGGAGCCCACUAAAGAAAUCGUUACUAAGUCAUACCGUAAUGUCAUCAUGAUCGGCAUGACCUUUGGCAUGCUUCCCCUCUUAAGCGUUCUGGAACACGCAGCUAGGGAAAUGGCUGUACCAACCACAUUUACUUGUGUGCAGCUGCACAUUAAUUCGGAACCUUGUUGGAUCGGCGAGAAAUUAAGUGCGCUAAGCAAACAGCGAGAUGAUCUGACAUAUAUGGAAUACAAUAUUAAUUUUUCUUUGGAUUGGGAGUUAGAUACAUUUCAAAAGGAUUUGUUUUCCAAAAUUCCUCCUCCUCCCCCGGUGUUGAUACGUUUGUGAUUACAUGCGCUUAUGUUCCGUUUGUAAACAAUUACAUAAUGACAGUUUUGAAACGGUUGGGUUAUACAGCGUAUGCAUGGUACAAUUACUAAACAAUAUGAAACAUCCCAUUGUAUUUUACUAUCGAAUGAAAAAGCUUCCUGCCAAAAACCGGGUGAUUUCAAAGCAGCAA